UCCAGAAAGCUCCAACGUGAUCCCAUCCCGCUCACCAUCCACGGACCACGGUAGUACAACGACUGCUCCUCCUCUCGUUCCCUCGUGCGCCAAACCAGAUUCCAAAAUCAGCUCCGCUACUUCUCUUGUCUCUGCGUCGCCGCCGCCACGGUUGUUGCUGCGGAUGGCUGAGGCGAAGGGGGCGGCUGCGCCGCUGCUGGCGCGGGAGGAUGGGAGACGGCGUGGAGGCUGGGGAGGAGCAACCUGGGCGCAGACGCUGGGCAACGUGGUGGUGUCCAUUGUGGGCACGGGGGUGCUCGGCCUGCCCUACGCCUUCCGAGCCGCCGGCUGGGUCGCCGGAUCCCUCGGCGUCGCCGCCGCCGGAUUCGCCACGCUCUACUGCAUGCUCCUCCUGGUGGACUGUAAAGAUAAAUUGCAGGAGGAAGAAACUGAUGAACCAAAGAAUUAUACAUAUGGAGAUUUUGGUGAGAAGUGCUUUGGGACUAUAGGUCGGUGCUUGACGGAAAUUCUCAUUCUUAUCUCACAAGCGGGUGGUUCUGUAGCUUACCUAGUAUUCAUUGGUGAAAAUCUGCAUUCCGUGUUUAGCCAGUCGAUGUCACCAGCUGGCUUCAUCUUUGCCGUCCUAUUGCCUGUGCAAAUCGCGUUGUCCUUCAUUCUUUCACUAUCCUCUCUUUCACCAUUCAGUAUAUUUGCUGAUGUGUGCAAUGUCCUAGCGGUGGCAAUGGUUAUCAGAAAAGAUCUUCAACUAAUUGAUCAUCCUUUUGCAAAUAGAAGUGCUUUUAAUGGAGUUUUGGCGAUACCUUUCGCUUUUGGAGUCGCGGUCUUCUGCUUUGAAGGAUUCAGCAUGACACUGGCACUAGAAUCAUCAAUGGCGGAACGUAGAAAGUUCCGUUGGGUGCUUUCUCAAGCAGUUGUGGGCAUCAUAGUUGUGUAUGCAUGUUUUGGAGUAUGUGGGUACUUGGCCUAUGGUGAGGCUACCAAGGACAUCAUAACACUUAAUCUUCCCAAUAGUUGGUCAUCUGCUGCUGUUAAGGUUGGCCUAUGCAUUGCACUAGCAUUCACAUUCCCAGUUAUGAUGCACCCGAUUCACGAGAUUGUGGAGACAAGGCUCAGAUCAAGUGGAUGCUUCCAGAAGCUCUCCCACGGGGUUCCUGGUGCCGAGUGGCUAGGCCUGCACUCGAGCCGCAUCAUCAUGGUGACUAUUUUAACUGUGAUGGCAUCCUGCAUACCUGCAUUUGGGUCCUUCGUCUCCUUUGUUGGGUGCACCGUCUGUGCGCUGCUCUCCUUUGUGCUACCUACCUUCUUCCACCUCAACAUCGUAGGAUCGUCAAUGAGCCUAUGGAGAAGAGUGCUGGACUACGGCUUCCUUCUGUUUGGCCUUGGUUUUGCUGGUUAUGGAAUAUUCACUGCUCUCUCGUCACACUGACUGAUGAAGUAAUGACAAAAUGUCCAAGAUCUGCAAAUUAGGGUUUAUUUCUUCGGAAGACGUGUCUGGAGAGAAAUAUCUGCUGCCCUGGGAUAACAUGCAUCAAAUUGAGAAGACUUUCAUACUCAGCUGAUUAUCCCCUGCCUUGGUUUGAUUUGUUAGGUGGUGGUGUACUUUAUAUGUAUCUUUACCUUUCGUAUCAUUUUUUUAAAAUGUAUUCAUAGGAGGCAACAUGAUGUUUAUCGUGAUUUGGUUGUGAUCCUUAUCUGUCUGUUGUCAGGAUUUCUGUUUUUGAGUCUGAUAGUUCAUACAGAUGAUAAGGAAGCACAUGGGUCCAUCAAUGCUAUUGUCCAUGUGAAGCUGCAGAGCAAAGAAAAUACUCACCAAAUCUACUGUUCA